AUGUAUACUUCAAACAUCAACGCUCCCACGAUGAGAUAUUUAAUCAUUGUUUUCUUGACGGUGUUCAUUUUUCCAGGCACAGCUGCUGCUGAAAAAUCCAAAUUGUUCAUCUCAUCAGCUAUAGGUAGUGACACGAAGUUUUGUGGAAACGAAAGUGUUCCCUGUCAAACUUUGGAUCAUGUCUACGAACUGUUGUCGCCUUCCGGGUUUAACUCGACAACUUUGCUGCUUGAAAAAGGAACGUACAGUCUUCGGAAGAGUAUGGUUUUUACGAAAGUGGAAGAUCUGAGCUUAAUUGGGGUAAACAGUGAUACGUUAGAGUCAAAUAAUCAAGCCAAAAUCAUAUGCGAACCCAAUGUGAGCGUGGCUUUCCUCUUAAGUGAUAAUAUCACUCUUCAAGAUCUGAAAAUGGUCAGUUGUGGAGGAUGGCAUGAAAGUGCUAUUUCGAAGCAAAACGCUGUAGUUAUCAAGUUCAAGACCGCCGUUCACUUUGAUUACUGUAGAAACAUUUGGAUGCGAAACGUGGACAUAGUUGGUUCCAAAGGUCAUGGGGCCAAUUUUUACGAAAUCGGUGGAGUGCUGAACGUGACAAACUGCGUGUUUGAGAAUAACACAGUCAGCGCAGAUACCUUACGGAACAUAUCGACGAGUAAUAAACAAACCCUUGAGGUAGUUGGUUACAUUAAUUCUGUUGGUGGAGUUUUCGUGACUUUGAACAAGUACACUCGAAAUCAGCCGUAUUUUGUGAAUGUCACGCGAGCUCGUCACGAAUCUUACAUACAAGGAAACAGUUACACAUUCACAAACUGUAGCUUUAUUGGAAACGGAAUUUCUGGAGAAGUGGCCCCCAAGGACAAUUUUCAAGGACACGCGUUGGAUCAGCGAAGCGUUAUCAGAGGAGGUGGUCUGGGAAUAUCUUUCGUCGGUAAAGCCAAAAGCAGUAAGGUGCUUAUUCAGAACUGUACAUUUUUGGCCAACCAGGCAUACUGGGGAGGGGGACUACAGGCUGAGUUUUCUGAGCUCACUAGCAAAAACGUCUUCACCGUUCAGAGUAGCGUUUUUCAAAGUAACAUCGGACAUUCUGCUGGAGGUGGGGCUCGUGUAGGCCACUGGCGGAAAAAAGGUGUCUAUGUUCCAAACAAUAAAAUUCGUUUCGUAGAUUCUGUCUUCAGGGGCAACCAGGGAAAUUGGGGAGGAGGUGUAUCUCUGUAUGGCUCCUCAAUCUUCUGCAAAUGCAAGCAAGAUUUCAAUAGCAGGAAAAUUUUCAGUUUUCAGUCUUGCCACUGGUUUGCUAACAAGGCGAUUGUGGGCUCGGCCAUCGAUACUUUUCUGUUUAAUCAAAACAGAGAAAACAUCGGUCCUGAAGUGCCUUUCCAUGUAGAAUUUGUAGACAGUCGAGUGGAGAACAACGCAAUUGUCAUUCGGGAGGAAAAUGUUCAGAUCGGGGAAGGGGCGAUUUAUAACGUCGGUGUAUCGAUUGUCUUCCGAGGAAAAACGAUCAUUAAGAACAACACCUUUACUGCCCUUGCCUUAGAUGGGGGAACAUUAGAACUUUACGACGAUGUCGAAUUUGUUGAAAAUAAAGGAGUCCGUGGGGGAGCGAUCGCAAUGUACGGAUAUUCUCAAAUAAUAUUGAUGAACGAAUCUCGGCUUCUGUUCAAGGAAAAUUCUUGCUUGGAAAAAGGAGGAGCUAUGUUUAUACAGACUCCUGGAUCACCACGAACAAGCUACGGCUUAAGUAAAAAUAAUCCGAACAUUUGCUUCUUUGCAUACGAAGACGAUCAAAUAAGCUUCAACCAGUGGAACACGGAAGUUAUUUUUCAACGGAAUAAGGCUCCGGAUGAUUCCUCAGGACAUUCCGUUUUCGCCACUACUCUUAAGAAAUGCCGCAUGCAGGGAGAAACUCGUUUAAACAACUCAGUAUUAGACUGGAAGUUUAUAAGAUUUCAUUGGAGUAAUGAUUUCAAUAGAAAUACCAAAGAGAUUGCCACAAGCCCUGUGGAUAUCACGUACAAUGCGCAGGACUGGUCUGUUUCGCCUGGUGAGGUUUUUAGCCCCACUGUUCACCUUCGAGACGAGAAAAAUAAUUCUGUCAAUGGUACCAUAAAAAUCCUGAUGGGGAAAAGCUCUAGCCAGCAGGAAGAUAAUUCAUCUUCAGUUUAUUUACAAACAGAUUCGUCGCUUUUUCUUACCCAUGGAAAGAUCUCUUACCUCAAAGUUGGAGGACACAUUGGAAGGAAAUUCAAUGUUGUUCUUCAACACAUUGGACGACAAGUACUCAGGAAAGUCAUACCGGUGCCUUUUCUUAAACCUUGCAAUCCCGGAUUCUAUCUAAAAGAAGAAAACUGCGUUUGUCAGGAUAAAUUGGAUGGUAUCUCGAGAUGCGACAAAAACGGAAAGACUGUUUAUCUUAAAGCCGGUUACUGGGGUGGUAUGGUGGACGGAACGUUUUAUACUCACCCUUGUCCACGAGAUUUCUGUAAAUGUUCACGGGAUAAUGUGACUUUAAUUGCACAAGACGAGUGUGUCUUUAAUGUCGGGCAAAUGUGCGAUAACAGCAGAGAACCAGGCAGUAUUUUGUGUGGGAAAUGUAAACCAGGACUCAGUGUAGUGUUUGGGCACUCAAACUGCCACAAAUGUCGAAAAUAUGGCUUUUUGGCGGUUAUUCCAGUCUACUUGGUGGAAAUUUUAAUCUUUGUUAAGGUGGCAAUGCUCCUGGAUGUGGAUUGGUUUUCCGGUUUUCUUAAUGGCUUCUUGUAUUCCUACCAAGUCAUGUGGCAAAUCGUUGGAGAGCGGUUCGUCUUCAGAGACCAUUUCAUGUUCUUCUUGAUCAAUUUUCUCAACUCUCGCCUUCGGAUAGGAACUUACUUCUGCUUCUCAUCUAAUCUGGAUUAUGCAGACAAGCUGUUCUUUACUCUGACCAUUUCUGUCCUCACCUUGCUCGUGGUCGUCUUUCUGGCCAAAUUAGUGGGAAAGUAUCCAAAUUGGUGUUUUAGUCGGAGAGUGAGGGGCCCUUUCCGUGCAAUCUGUACCAUCCUUGUCCUUUGUUACACUGGCAUCACAUCAGCAUGCUUAGGCCUUCUGAACCCUGUGGUAUUUGGCCACAACAUAGUGUUGUUCAGCAGUGGCAGCACGGAAUUCUUCCAAGGCAAGCACGCUAUUUACGGAAGCAUCGCCAUUUUGUUUAUGUUCUUUUUCGUAAUCCCAUUUCCACUCGUGCUGAUGUGCCGGCCUUUCUUCACACGUCUCCUCAAGCCGGUGUUCAACUUGAAUCGCUUUAAACCACUCUUUGACGUGCUUCAGAGCUGUUUCAAAGACCAACAUCGAUCUUUUGCUGCUUUUUACCUCGUUUGUCGCCUGGUCGUGUUGGUAAUUUCCAUUUAUAUCCCAUCUGGUCCUGUAAAGAGGUCCCUACUAGAAAUCACCUGUAUUACGGUUCUGUUCAUCUUCACCUACGUGAAACCCUAUAAGCGAUCUAAGCAAGGAGGUGAGGCCGACCCAAAGCAUGCUUGGGAAAACAAGUCAGAUACCAUCCUCCUCUUAAAUCUCUCCUUAAUGGCAGUUCUUGCUACGGCCACUGAAAACGAUAACAUCUCAAAGAGGCACAAAGCACAGUUGGAAAUUGUUAUUCAAGCCAUGGCUUAUGUUCCUAUUGUUGCUUUGACAUGGUACAUUUAUAGAAAGACCAGAUCGCGUUGUGCAGGUGUAUUUUGCGGUGACCACCGCGAUCCAGAGGGACCAGAAGUAACUGACACCCGCAAUAACUGA